AAGUUCGGAUUAAUAAGUGAAAUUUUUUGCAGUUAAGUUCAGAUUAGUCUCUCAUUCUAAAGAUCCUUAAAAACAAAAUGUUCGCCCGAUGGCGGAGCAAUUUGAUUACCUUAAACAAUAUUUUAUUAAAUUUUAGGACGACAAACUGUGAAUAUCAACUUGUUAAUCACGACCCUGUUGUAGCUCAUUGUCUUUGCAGUUUAGUCUCCAAUUCUGCUUCUCAGAUUCCCCGAGACCUCCAGAUAAUGAACAAGAAUAUCACACGUUUAAUACGAAGUGGCCGGAUUCAAGAAGCAAGAGUUUUGUUUGAUGGACUAAGACUUAGAAAUACAAUCACAUGGAAUUCAAUGAUGAGUGGAUAUGUCCAUAGGCGAGAAAUUGCAAAAGCUCGAAAACUGUUUGAUGAAAUGCCUGAAAGGGAUGUUGUCUCGUGGAAUUUGAUUAUUUCGGGUUAUAUGGGGUGUCGGGGAAGUAGAUAUAUGCAAGAAGCAAAAUACCUGUUUGAUCAAAUGCCGGAGAGGGAUGUUGUUUCGUGGAACACGAUGAUUAGUGGGUACGCGAAAAAUGGUAGAAUAGAUGAAGCAAUGAGGCUUUUUAUGUGUAUGCCUAAGAGGAAUGUUGUUUCUUGGAAUGCGAUCGUUUCUGGGUUGCUGCAAAAUGGUGAUAUGAAAAGGGCGGUUGAGUUCUUUGAGAGAAUGCCUGACAGGGACGCCGCUUCUUUAAGUGUUCUUGUGUCUGGUUUAAUACAGAAUGAAGAGUUGGAUGCUGCUGCACAUGUUCUGUUCAAGUAUGGGACGAGGGAUAGUGGGAGUGAAGAUUAUCUUCAAGCUUAUAACGUUUUGAUUGCCGGGUACGGCCAAAAGGGAAGGGUGAACGAUGCCCGGAAACUUUUUGAUCAAAUCCCAAUUUAUGCUGCCGAUGAUAAUAGGAAUGGAGUUAAAAGGUUUGAGAAAAAUUUGGUGUCAUGGAAUUCUAUGAUCAUGUGCUAUGUGAAAACUGGAGAUAUCAUUUCUGCCAGGGAGUUAUUUGAUAAGAUGAUUGAGCGUGAUUCUGUUUCGUGGAAUACCAUGAUUAGUGGCUAUGUUCACGUACGAAAUAUGGAAGAAGCUUCAAGGCUUUUCUCUGAAAUGCCACGCCCAGAUGCAUUAUCAUGGAAUUCAAUGAUCUCAGGGUUCUCCGAGUCAGGAAACUUGGAACUUGCUCGUAAUUUUUUUGAAAGGAUGCCAGAGAAAAACAGGAUAUCUUGGAAUGCAAUUAUUGCAGGAAGUGAGAAAAAUGCAGAUUAUGAUGGAGCCAUCAAGCUUUUUAUUGAGAUGCAAGGAGCAGGAGAAAAACCUGAUCGACACACAUUAUCUUCACUUCUUAGCAUUUGUGCCGAGUCUGUGGCAGUGGAUCUGGGAAUGCAAAUUCAUCAGUUAGUAACAAAGAUUGUUGUGCCUGAUAUUCCGUUAAAUAACUCGCUUAUUACAAUGUAUGCUAGAUGCGGGGCAAUAUUUGAAGCAAGAACUAUUUUUGAUGAGAUGCAAUUUGAGAAAGAUGUAAUCUCUUGGAAUGCUAUGAUUGGGGGAUAUGCAUCUCAUGGUUAUGCACUGGAAGCUCUUGAACUAUUUGACUUGAUGAAGCAACAAAGAGUGAGACCUACUUACAUUACAUUCAUUGCAGUUCUGAAUGCAUGUACUCAUGCUGGUCUUGUUGAUCAAGGCUGGUUGCAUUUUGAGGCCAUGAUUAAUGAAUUUGGUAUUGAACCAAGGGUUGAACACUUUGCCUCCAUUGUGGACAUGAUGGGUCGUUUUGGAAAUGUUGAGGAAGCCUUGAACAUAAUUUACGCAAUGUCACUUGAACCUGAUAAAUCUGUCUGGGGUGCAUUACUAAAUGCCUGUAAGGUGCACAACAAUGUGGAGAUAGCACAAGUAGCAGCUGAAGCUUUGUUGAGGCUAGAUCCAGAGGACUCUGGCCCAUAUGUUUUGCUGUAUAACAUGUUUGUUGAUGUAGAGAGAUGGGAUGAUGCAAAUAAGGUCAGGGAGUUGAUGGAUAAAAGUAGAAUUAGAAAGGAACCAGGUUACAGUAGAUUGGAUUCAGGCUGCUGAUAAUGUCAGAAACGUCAUUUCAUGUACAGAGUGGUUAAAAGGCAGACAACAUUAGAACAAAGGCCUGAUAAUAAUCAUGAAAUAUUCCAUUCUCAAGCACAGAGGUAGCAAUCUCACAAGAAUUGGUCUGGAUUUGAAGCUAUGAAACGCAUGAGACACAGAAAUCAUCUUGAUCGAGCCAUGAAGUAACAUAUGAGUGAGCAAUUGUACCAGAAAACUUGUUUAUCGAAGCAGCUGAUAUAAUGUGAAAUGGGGGUUUUGUGAGGAAGAGCCUAUCAAGGGAGAGAGGUUGUGAAUUGGGUUAAAUUUUGUUGCCUGGUCCCUUGAUCACCAUUUACAUCAAGGUUACAUAGCCAGAAAAUGCUUUCAAAUGAAACCAUUUUGCAUGAUGGACCUCUGGAUUCUUGGUUGAGAUGGUGGUGUCUUUUGAAGGUCCAUAACCAAUGCCAUGAGUAAGUAUAAUUUACAAUAAAGGUCUGUGACUUUUGCUGCUUUAUAAAGAGGCUGCUUUGUUUAUUCUAAAAGUACUUGGACAAAAAUUUAUAUGAAAAAUGAAGCUACUAUAUACAUAGACCAAACUAUCAAAGUUGUCUAUCAAAGUGCGUUCAUCUUAUUUUCUACUCUUGAAGUUGCAGACAUAGAAGUUUUAUAACAAACUGGUUUGUUAAUUUGCAUGCUACUCGUCUUAUUUAGGAGAUCCUCCUUUAAAGAAAUUUUGAAAGUCAGUCUCUGCCAAGCCUUCUUCAUAUAGCUAUGAACUAAAUCUUGGAGUGGAGAACUAUAAAUCUCUCUCCAAAUAUUCUGUUUUUUUAUCAAGAAAAGUUUCAUGUCUCAAUAUUCUGCAAAACUAAUUUUGUCAUUUCACCUAUUUAUUAUGAAUUCCUUGACUAUGGUGACUUUUGAUUGAUUUUCUGAAUUUUAUUUUUUUGAUUCUUGGCUGAUAGCAGUCGGAAUUUUGGAGUCAAUUUUAUCCUUGACCAUGAUUUUUUACUUUUCCAGGUCUGUUGUUUUGUUUCUCAGAGAUCUGGUAUUUAUAAAGUUCAUGUUAUGUUCUAAAAAUUUUCUCCGUUAAGCCAUUUUUUUCAGUUUGCUGCAGUCAAGAAAAGAAAAUAUUAACUAGAUUUGGCCAUGUGGUAUGGGUACUGUAUAACUCCACUUUCUCUUUUUAUCUUUCUCCUCCACUGUCUCGUGAUCUCCUAGAAAUUCCAUAUCCAUAUAGUACUACUAUAUUUUUUUCCUUCUUCGGAACCCUUUUUUGGUUUCUACAGAUCCAUUUUUCCUGGUUACAAGAUGAGGAAUUGAGAUAUACAACCAAGGGAUGGUUUUUAUCCCGCUUUUUUUUUGGGAGUGGUGCACGAUUCACCUCACAAGGUCAUAUACAUAUCUAUACUUAUUGUCCCCUUUUUCUAAUGAGCUUCCUUUCGAUUGAUCAGCAUCAAAGGGAAAAAUACAUCUAGAUAUUACCUGAAAUACACUUAUAUGCAAACCCUAUCUGGCUAGAAAAUAGAAAAAUCAAUUCCAAGUGCAGUACAUAAGUCCCGAUUGGCCUUUAUGCGAGCUACUCUAUUCCAUUCUGUUAUGACUGCUCUGAUGUCCGCAAGUGCAUAAUGAAGCACUCCAUCAUCAGGAUUGAUGAUAUUGGACCGGUAAAUCUGACUAAACUCAAGCUUUUCUUUUCUUUCAUGGUGACUUCUCAGAUUAAGAAACUUGAUUGCAGAUUUAGAAAGCUUUAAUUAUGUAUUGUAUGUGAAAUUUGGUGAAUUUGCAAAACUUUUUAUUAUGUAGUCUCUCAUUUGGGGUUUUUAUUUCUCAUGGCUGUCGGCCUUAUAAAAUUUGACAAUGGCCUGGAAAAUGUUAAUAUAGAGGUACUAAAUUUGUCUUUAAGAUUUAAUUGUGAGUUGCCAUAUCUGUCUUUGUAAACAUUUGGCUGCUAUUUGUGCCAUUGGGUCACAUUAGGUCAAAUGUAAGUGGGCAUUUUUGGUUGGGAACCACAGUGUACACAUUUUUAGGAACUAUGUUAACAAAAUGGCACUUCUCACAUGUGCAGAAACAUCUCAUCAGAGGUUGUUUUCAUUAGGUGGAAAUCAAAAUGUUGAUAUUUUGGAUAGUUAAUUUUAGUGUAAAUUUUUGUUUGUUUGAAUGGUGUUAUUUUCAUCGACCUUGCUAUAUUAUGCAUGGAAGUGGUAAUUGGGUUUAUGGAUCUAGCAAAUUCAAUGUUUAAUUUGUUUUGAAUCCAAUGUUUAAUUUGUUUUGUUCUCUAAUUUGUGGGGAAUUUUAUUAGAUUCAUUUACUAAUCAUGAAGGAAAAAAGCUGCCAUAGUUGUCGCCAUCUUUUAGCCCAUAGUGGUCCUUAAGGUAUUAGUUUUUUGUGCAAUUUUUGUGGUGAUUGAAUUUUAAGGUGUUGGCUUAUCCUCUAUGAUUCUCUAUUCCAUUAUAUAGGCGAAUCAGCUCUGGGUAUAACUAUUACAUAGCUGAUAAAGAAUUGAAUAAUAAAUCUUGUAUUCCCGCAUUUUUUCCACUAUUUGGACAUUUGGAACGUCAGGCGCCUAACAAUAUAAUAGUUAAAAUUUAUGUGAUAUGCUUUAAGAACGGAAUCAGUAGUUAAUAUAUAUGAUGAUCAGGUUCUUAUGCUUGUUCAAUUUAAUUUUGGCGUUCCUUUCCUUAAGUGAGAUCCUUCUUUGUCUUAUGACGCAUUUUCACAUGGUGGAUGAUGGCUAAUCAUCAACCUUCUGCUUGUCGAGAAUUAGAAAUCUUUUUGUUUCAGUUGACUUUAGUGUCUCUCCUCAAUUUUUGAAGAUAAACUAAUUAUAGCUUUUUGUAAGGGUAAAACUUUACUACAAUGUAUGCUUUCUUAAUAAUAGCCAUCAAUGGCUCUCAAAUUUUUGAAGAUCAACUAAUUAUAGCCAACAGAGAUAGCAUGUUCAAGCACUUGAAUGUUCUCUUUAACGUGUGCAACCGGCACCUAUACUUUUCAAGGGAUUGUUCGCUCCCUGAACAUAGAAAAUAAUUUAGUAAUUUAGGCUGCAAUUGUCUUUUGCUUCACUCAACUUGAUUCUUCUUGAAGAUCUGUAUGCAAAUUCAUUUUUUUUUCUAAUUUGUAGGUUCUGAAGGUGCUUUCAGCCUAUUCCACAUCAGAUUCUGCUAAUCCGAACUAACCUGUCAAGCCUUCCAUCCCUUUCUGGAUCUGCUAUUUCAUUAGUUUCAAUUCUGCAGGAACUGCCAAUUUGCUUUGUGGUUUUUAUUCAAGAAAUGCUUCUCGAGUCAUAGGAAUCCCAGUAGCAUGUCUACAAUUAUUGUCUAAUAUACUUAGCCUACCAUCUGCAUGAUAAAUGCAAGAUCCAGGUUGAAAUCUGUCAAGGGGGCUGGACUUACCGACUGACUCACUCUUUUUAAGGUUCACAAGGAAUUGUUGGAAAUUUGGGAUGAUCUACACCCUAUCAAAUUACAUUUCAGUCAUCGUUCUGGAGAUGGCAUUCGUGAUGGCAGUUAUUGCCUCAAGUCAUUCUUAGGCACCCAGAGUUAAAUUUAAUUGAAGUUCGAGUGAAGCAAGUUUUCUGAACCACAUGAUGUUCUUGAUACACACCAAAGUAGCUGACAGGAGAUGAUUGUGCUCAUGGAAAUUUUAGAUUCCGGUUGGGAGAGUAGCAGAGGGUUCUAUUAAUGUAAUUCUGAAUACAACUCUAAACAUGGUUAUUUAUUUAAGGAGCCAUGUAUUGGUAGAUAAGUAGAUUACCAUGAAUGAAAGUGUUUUAGCGACCUUUAAGAGGGUUAUAUAAUUUCUACUCCAAUGUUCAUCAUGUUCUCUCUUUACCUUUUUCUAAACUGAUAAUGUUUACAAUUGACUCAUAAUAAUAUGUCAUUAUUUUGUUAUAA